AUGGCCUCCGUGCUGCGUUGCUCCCUAAGGGCCUCCGCAUGCACAAAACAUGGACUUGGAGCACAUCCUGAAUCAAAUUUUCUGCGCACGCGGUUAGGCCGAUCGAGCGCUUGUGCCGCAGUUCAGGGGCACCGUAGGAGCUCGAACUUCCUGGUGGCAUGGGAUACACAGAAAGCGCCUCCACCAGCCCCUGCAUGCGCAGUCAGUGCAGCGAGUCCUUGGCUUUCUCAUGCCCUCUUUCGCCCAUGUGAUCCGAUCGCAGAGGUUUCCCCCCUAGCGGCUCGCGGAGGGCUUUGCGCUUUUUCGGGCUACUAUGCCCCUAAGGCGCUUUGGAGGCGCAACCAGCCUCCGCCACUUCUCCUCGAGACGGGGGCCCCCCCAAGGCCCCCUCCAGGGCCAAACGAUGUGACGGCCCCUGCCCCUUUCACCAUGGCCAAGCAGCAGCGUCUGCUGGACCAGCUGGCGAAGGAGGGGCUGAGCAGCAGCAGCACCUCCAGCAGCAGCAGCAAACGCAAGUUGGUAUUCAAGGGCCGCGUCGUGGCACAGCUGUCCACGCGGCGAGUGAAGCAUGGCGGGCGUAACUGCACCGGUCAGAUCACCGUUCGGCAUCGCGGCGGCGGCCAUCAGCAGCGUCUGCGAUUCGUGGACUGGAGGAGGAGCAGGAAAGACAUCUGGGGAACAGUCCUUAGAAUAGAGCAUGACCCUUCGCACUCCACGGGAAUCGGCCUCCUCCAGCAUGAUGAUGGGGUCUUGUCGUACGUGCCAGUGUCUGCAGUGACGCGGCCAGGCGACAGGAUCAUAGCCGGCGAGUUUGCUCCCAUUCAGCCCGGUUGCUGUCUGCCGCUGCAGCGCAUUCCCGUUGGUACGAUUGUGUAUGCCAUUGAGCUCAAACCAGGAGCGGGGGCACAACUGGCAAGGGCUGCCGGGGCCUAUGCCACGCUCUUAAACAAGGACGCCACGAGCGCCACUUUGCGCCUCCCUUCUGGUGAGGUGCGGCUCCUGCCUCUGCGGUGCUGGGCGUGUGUAGGCCAAGCCAUGCAGCCAGCGCAGCAGGGGGGCCCUCUGGGGGCCCCCAAACCCCCUCCUCUCGGAAAGGCGGGGGCCUCGAGAUGGAGGGGGUGGAGGCCUGCUGUGAGGGGAAAAGCCAUGAACGCUGCAAAACACCCACAUGGGGGGGGCACUUCUCAAAAGAAGAUCGCGAGGCCCCCUGUCUCGGCGUGGGGGAUUCAGAGGACAGGAUACAAAACAAGACCCCGAGCAAAGCCAUUAGGGGGCAUCAUCAGGAGGAAACGCAGCAACAAAUUCAUGCGCUUGUUUGGCUCCGCUGCGCUGUAG